AUGAUUUUGAUAUUUUCAAGGGGUAGACGGGCAGUUCCAUCUCGGGCAGCACUUCGCUGGGCCAAUCAUAUCAAAAAAAUAGCAUGGAAAAGACUCAUUGGAACCAGCCAAUCGGUGGAGGUCCAAGGAUCUGGCCUACUGCUUGAUCUGCAACAGUCAAUAUCGCCGGCAGUGCCUACCAGUGAGUUGAAGGAUAUCUGGCAAACAGAGGUUCUUGAAAACAAGCAAAUGGCGCUUUCUCAUCGUUCUGCUCUGUACGAUGAGAUUCGGAGCCGUAAGGCUUUCGAUCCUUGGCAGCUCGACGUUUUGGGACAGAUUCCCUCUGAACAGACACUGCUGUCGGACUACAUGUUUGCCGUCGACGUCCUCAUAUCGCAGCAGGAGUGGGGCAUGAUUCAGUCUCUGAUCACUGAUCUCGCAACUUCUCAGCCCGUUUACGUUGAGGUUAUUUAUGGUGAGCUGAUUAGCCGCGCAGUCCGCAUGUCCGAGGAAAUGGCACCUCUCGGACCAUUAUUUGAGGUAUUUAUUGGCUGUUUUAGCUCCAUGGGCUCAAAUAUCGGCGAUUUGGACCGACUAAAGGAUAGGCCCUUCAUCGAGGCCCUCAAACUACUUGUCUCCACUUUUCCACAAAAAGUACUCGGUGAAACAGAAGAGUUGAUCAGGGCCAACCCCCCUAUAGGGUCAUCUUUGGCGACCUCGAUCUUGAAAAUUCUUUCUACCUACAAGAAUACGGAUGCGAGCAAAGAUAUCUCUAGAAAUUUGUGGGAGGCUAAGCUUCGAUCGAACACUGCAACUGCCGACGAUUUGUACAGUAUAAUGAUCCGGCAAAUUUAUUUGGGAUCAGCUGAGUAUGCUCUCAAUGCAUACGACACCAAUCCAAACCUCCAAAGACGAACCCAAGCCGAUGCUCUGCUCCUUGCGACUGCAAGAUCAAAAGACUGGGAUCGCUUGCAAGCUGUGUUUGAAAAUCUCACAGAAAACUUCCAGGACGUACUAAAGUCUCAGCAUUAUGCUAUUAUUUUGCAGGCUCUUGGACAUCUCGGUGGUCGAAAUUUAUUGGAUGGUAUUUUUGAACGAUACACAGAACGGGAACUCAAGCCUACUCGAGGAGUAUACCAUGCUAUGAUUCAUAGCUAUCGCCUCAUGGGUGACGUCAAAAUGGCAAGACACUACUUUGAUCUGAUGCUGGAAGCACAGGUCGAACCAACGCGCAUUACGUUCCAGCUUUUAUUGUUAGCCUACAAGGAUGCAAAUGACCUACCGAACGCCUUGGAUUUAGUCCAUUUCGCCAGCUCCGAAUACCAACUACCGGUAACUAAUAAGGAAGUCACUUCGUUGCUUAGUAUCUGUGCUAACCGACGCGAUUUAGAGUCCACAGAAAAGAUUUACAGCUGGGCUGUUUCUUUACUCGGCGACAAGGUCGACAGGAUUACUCGAAAUGCAUAUAUGUCUGCUUUGGUUGAGUGCAAUCAGUUUGAAAAAGCGAUGGACUUUUUUUCUUCGUUUGAGAAUCCUGGCUUAGACACUCUGACUAUUUUACUGUCGUUUGCCUCUAGAUGGAGGCUGGGUGACCAGUUUCGAUUUCUUUUGUUGGAAAGAGAAAGACUGGAACUUCGGGCUGAUUCAAAGUGGUAUGGCACGGUAAUGACGUACUACUCAUUAUCACGAGAUACUGCUCGACUAUUUGAGGUGUUUGAUGAAAUGAAGGCUGCAGGUAUUCGACCCACUGCUGGUCAUUACAGUAUCAUCCUAGAUCAUCUGACAAAGAUGAAGGACUUCAAAAUGGGUGAGACAAUUGUACAGGAAGUAACUGAUCAGCAGGUCACGCCAACAUUUACGUUUUACGAACAGUGGUUCAGAAUGAUGACGCUCUCUACUGAGCCGUCAUCUCGCAACCGGGCCUAUCGCAUGUUGUCCAAGAUUCUUGAUAUGGGUGUUUUUGACGUCAGUUCAACUACGGUUCCUCGUGAUGCUGCACCACCGGGUGUGUUCAAGGCUGUUGUACGCAAAUUAUUGAAGGACAAUCGGUUUGACCGGGCUUAUACUCUUUUGGCGCGUGCAAGCAAACAAUCGCGUAAUUCAGAGCCGUGGAAAAUCGCUGCACUAUUUAUGGAGUUUUAUGACGCUUCCGGACGGUAUGAGGCCCUUGGUGCUGCUUGGGCUCGAUUUUUGUCCGCCCUAAGGCCGACUUUUGUGCCAGUGACUUCAGCCGAAGGACAAGUUGUCUAUCAUCUCCCGAAACGGUAUAGGUCCAACUACUGGCGGCAAAUCAAUAUUCGUAUCACAGACCUAGCCCGUCAAAGCAAGCUUGAUAUGCUUUUGAGUCUCGAAAGAGACUUGAGUACAGUAGGCAUCUGCAUGUCAUCCCAAAACCUGAAUCACUGCUCACAAACCAUGUUGACGGCAGCUAACAGUAUUUUAGAGAGUGAGCCAGAAAAGGCGCUAGCUCUCCAGACCAAGGCUUUUGACAUUGCAGAGUCACGACUGGUUCCUGGCUAUUUCCGCAAUAUGCAACGACGACAGCUAAAGAGUGCCGGAAAGCUCCCCAAAAAUCUGGACCACGGAAAUCUUCAAUUAUCACGCAAGUCGAUUGCUAUUCUUGCCAGCAAUAUAUCAGGCUUCACGCGUAAUUUGGCCUAUGCUAAAAAACUGGACGAGGAGGAGGCACAGGAAUUGGUGUCACAGCAGUUCCCUGCUCUUCUCGGUAUUUUGAGGCGGGCGACCGAUGCGCGAGAACGACGAUCGCAAGCAGAACAGCAGCGGAACAAUUAA